GAGGUGCGCUCGGGUCGGGGCCGCUCGGGCCGGGACCGGGGCUGAGGACGGAGCCAUGAGCGCUCUGAGCGGUCGGGACGGGUGGAGGUAUCUGGACAUGGCCAGGGAGGCAAAGCCGAGCCGGGUCAGGUUGGGCCAAAAGAGGCCGUACAGCAGCAGCCUGUACCCCAGCACCUGCGACCUGGACUACAACCUCUACAGGGAUGACUUCCCAUACCGGGUGUAUGAGUACCAGAAGAUCCCACCCCUCAUUAACCGCAUCCCCAUCAAGGCCAGGAGAACGCACACAAGAGCAGGAGGCACAAGCAGCCCCAGCCCCCAGCACGGGGCGCGAAGCAGCGCCAGCUCCACGGGGACACGGACGAAACUGAGAGCCGAGGAGCUGCAUUCCAUCAAGGGGGAGCUGAGCCAGAUCAAGGAGCGGGUGGACAGCCUGCUGGAGAGCCUGGAGCGCAUGGACCAGCGCAGGGAGCGGCUCUCGGGGUGCAAGGAGAGUGAGAAGAAGAAGGCAGAGGUGGGCUCGGCAUCACCCCCGCUGGGCGCGGGCUCACGGGGCAAGGAGGGCAGCGGAGGGGAUGGGCGCAACACGGACAGCACUGAGGAGAGCACAGACACGGAGGAGAUGAUGAUGAAGGCCCACACCUCGGACCACGAGGGGAGCCAGUAGUGGGGAUGCCGGAGCCCCGCAGCUCCUGCCCCAUCUCUGCAUCCCUUUGGAGGCUCCAGGCAGCUGCCAGGCUGGUGCCCAGUUCUUCCUGCACUCAUAUUCCCACCACCAGUGCCAGCAGCCCCGUGCCCUGCGUUGGCCAGCCGUGGUGAGAGAAGUCUUUGUGUUUGAGUGCCCGUUGUUUUUUUUUUUAUCCCUCUUGUUUUGCUAUGUAAAGAGAGAGAGUGGAGAGUGGGAGGGCAGAAGCUCCACACCCUGAAGGAUCGUUAGCCCGGAGCUGAGAUCUGUGGUGUCCCCGAUCCUCACCUCCCCAGUGGGUAAAGCAUCCCACUGACCCAGGGUUCACACCCAAGCCCUCCAUCCCCUGAGCACAACACAGGCCAGAUGAGCUCCCCAUGCACAACAAAGCCUCCUUGGCAGCGGUGAGGACACAGAUGGCCACACCGAUACCAGCAGCACGGGGCACCCGGUGGUGUGGCAUGGAGCCCAGCCCCCCGUCACCAGUGGGUUUCUCUUAACGGUGUCCCUAAGGACUCCCAUUCUUUGCCACCAUAGCGGGGAUCCCCCCCCGGCCACCUCUGCCUGGGGAAUUUGUGCCUCCAUCCCUCUCCCUACAUGUCUGUGCCCCCCGUUUUGAGGUCGUCCUCCUCUUACUGGUAGGAAGUUGUUCUGUAUUUCUCAUUUGCUCCGGCGAAAGAGUGUAUUGUGCUGGAAAGGAAAAAAAACAACCAUUUGUA